ACCCGCCCUGGGCCACUCAGCGCUGCCCACGCCGCUCCUGUGGGCCUCCCGCCUUCCUAACUGCGCAUGCGUACGACGCCCCCUCGCGGUGGCGCAACAGGGAGGGCGCUGCCCCCUCGCUGGGGAGUCUGUGGGUUCGAGGCCCGCUCCGGCCAGUCGGGGGUCGCACUGACCCCCUGUCAUGUCUGACCUCCUGUCAUGUCCCCGUGUCGCCCCCCUCCAUGUUUCACCUCGAUGUCACCCCCCCGAGGUGCCGAGCGCUGGGCAGGGGCGGGCCCCACUUCCCUCCCCAGCAGUGUGGCAACACCGCUGCCACCUUCCUUCCUUCCUUCCUCCCUCUCGCGGUCCCGCAGCAUGAGUAGGGUGGGGGGUCCCGCGGAGGCUGAAGGCUUCUCCCCCUGCCAGGCACCCACCCUGCAGACCAAGGUGUUCCAGUACCGGCUCUGGGAUGUGAACCAGAAGUCGCUGUACCUGCGGGAUGACCAACUGCUGGCCGGGCACCUGCAAGGGGCCAACGCUGCCCUGGAAGAGAAGGUGUUCUGGGUGCCCAACCGCGCCUUCGAGCCCACCCGGCUCCCGGUCAUCCUGGGCAUCCGCAACGGCACCCGCUGCCUCGCCAGCCACCCCAAAAACAGCACCACCCCGGCACUGCAGCUGCAGGCCGUGAACAUCCGGGAGCUGCCCCACACUGGGGAGGCCUCGGCUGCCUUCACCUUCUUCCGCUCCUACAAGGACGGGCUGUGGCGCUUCGAGUCCGCUGCCAACCCCGGCUGGUUCCUCUGCACCUCUGCCCGGGGCCACCAGCCCCUGGCGCUGUCCCGCAGCCACGAUGCCACCCACCUGCUCGACUUCUACUUCCAGCUCUGCUGAGCCCCCCUGGCACAGCCAUGGAGACACUCCCAACUGGGAACAGGGACGUCCUCAGCCUGGGGACAGUGGCACCUCCCCCAGGGUAGUGCCAGC